AUGCCUCGGUUACGGGCGAGGUAUCUGUCGUGCUUCUACUGCGGCAAGCGAUCUGGCACGCGCUUCGAUGGCGUCACGCGCCAGUUUACCUGCCAGUAUUGCGAUGCGACGAACUAUCUGGAUCAGAAUGGAGAGAUUACGGACCCCCCCGUCGCGACCGAAUAUGUAGCCCCGACGGCAACGAUGCCGGCGACGAUCAAGCCGCUGUCGACGUCACCAUCGUCAUUGUCGACGCCGUCACGCCCCAUCUUCUGCGACACAUGCCUCAAGAAUCAGCGGCUCUUCAUGGCCUCCCUGGCGCAGUACGCGCCUAGCAACGGCGACCAGGACGACAUCCAGCUGGACCGCGAGUACUACCGGUUCCGUCGCCGGCUGGAGAAGCGCUACCCGCAGGUGUGCGGGUCGUGCGAGGCAGCGGCCGGCGAGGCCAUCCAGCGCGCCGAGUACACGGCCAAGACGGACCACCUGCGCAAGAUGAUGGAGCUGGGGCGGAGGCAGCGGUCCGCGCCGCGCCGCCGUGCCGUCGUAUCCCGUACCUGGCUUGAGUGGGUCGACCUGCUGGCCCGGACGGCGUGGUGGGGCGCCCUGGCGCUGCAGCUGCUCUGGCACGUCGGCGCCGUGGCUGGCCUGCUCUCGACGCCGGGGGAGGACGAGAGCGGCAUGAGAGAUCCGGACGACGACGGCGGUGACGGCGGCGCAUGGGCGGCGACGGCGACGGCAGCCGCGGCGGCCUUCACCGCUGAGCUCCGCCGCCGUCUGCCGCCCGACGGGGACGAGCGGGCGCUGCUGCGCGCCAGCGUCGCGGCGUCCCUGGCCUCGGCGUGGUGGAAUCCAAAGUUCCCCCAGGUGACGCGCGGCUUCACGCGGCAGCUGUCGGGCCUCAGGCAGUGGUACCUUGUCCAGGCCGUCGCGGUGGCCGCCCGGCUGGCCGUGAGCAGGACCGAUCUGUCCGGCCAGGCUAGGAGCGCCCAGCUGAGCGCGCACGGAGCCAUGGCCCUCCUGGCCGUCAUAUCCGCCUCCGUGGCCAGACGGUCCAUCAAGACGGACACGAGACCGCUGUUCGGUCCGCACAGCAGGACCGUCUCCCCGUCUCGGAUGACGUCGUCGUCGCCGUCUCCGGCUCACCAGCCGCCAGCGGCGACCACACCUCCCAAGCGACGGCAGCAGCAGCAGCAGCAGCAGCAGCCCAGGAGUCUUGCUGAGACGCUAGACGAGGUCCUACCCGACCCCACCACCGACCCCACCACCACCACCACCAGCACCGUCGGUGCGUCAACGCCGACAUGGACAGACGAGCUCUACCACGACUACCAAUUCACCCCGGGGCGACCGUCGUCACGGACGUCUCCGCAAGCAUCACAGCCAGACGAGAUGGACUGGACCCCGACGGCACCGCAGAUCCUCCCCCGCGCCCUGAAGGAUGCACCGUCCCCGACGCACAGACGGUUCGGCCAGGCGCCGACCCACGAGGGCAGCGGUCCGUUCUACUACCGCACCCCCCCCGCACCCGUGCACCCCGCCCGACGACUGCGCAACCCCCCCAACCAGCCUGCGUUCUGGCCUUCGGCCUCCAGCUCGGCUGAGAAGGAGAACGAGAGCCAGGCCCCGUUCAGGAGAGCGGGGUACGACAUGCGGCAGCACCAGACCGCCGCUUCGGCAGCGGCCGGCGUCGAGUUCGCCAAGCAGAACUUCUUCGCGCCUCGCCAGGAGGCCGCAGAGGAUGAGUCGCUUGCUAGCAUGCUCGGGAGCGGGUUCCGUCUCGAGGAUGAUGAGGGGAAGAAGGGGGGGGGGAAGAGUUGGUUAAGUUGGCGGUGA